CUAAAAUUGUUUGACAAAUUUAUUAGACACCAUAAAUUACACUGCAAGUUUCUGGACUGUGGGGGACUUUAUGUAGGUGAUCUCCUGUCUUCCAUGUGCCAUACCUCUGUAUCUGAGGCUGCACUGCCAUCUGCUGCUCUUUGGUAUGAAACACACAUCAGAGGGUCCACAUAGUGGAUGGGUUGAUAGGUUGUGUGUUGCAUUCAAGUGCUUAUUGUGAAUACCUGGUAUUUUUAAAUGCAAGUUAUGUAUUCAAGGCCUUACCUUGGGGAAUAAUUGAUGAGACCUAAAAAUGUACUUUUGAUGGUCAUUGUCUGUUUUAGAAUCAGACAGCACAAAGCUAGUUUAUUCGAUAACAAAGGAACAUACGCACGGACUUACACAUGAGGGGUGUAUCCUCUUAAUAUUUUACUAAAAACUAAACUUGAUUAACUACUGCAAGUACUUCACGGUUACAAAACAAUACAGGAUGCUCGCAGCCAGUAGCAAAAAACAUGUUGAUUUACUACAGUGUCAUUGUGGGUUACAUUUUCAACAAGCUUAUUUUUAUUAUUCAGACAUAUAAUAACAGAGUGGAAAACAAUAAAAAUUACUUUCUUGCAAAAACAAAAUCACUGCUCCUCACUCUUUCACUAUCUCUUUAUGGCAAUAUGCAAAUCAGCACUACAACUAUUCCAAUGAGAAAUGUUCGCAGUGAACAAUGCUAGCUCAGACAAUUUACCAGAUUUGUAUCAAAUGAGAUUGGCGCCCCUGUGAAACAUUUACAACCUUACGUCUGCUUGUGUUUUUUUUUUCUGACAAAUUAUUAAGUGAUGCAUUUUCCACCCAAAGCCUUCGGUCUCACACUUUUAUCAAACCUGAAUUUAAACUAGGUGGUUGGGAGCUGUCAUGAAGUUGCACACUGGAAUCUCACAUUGUCUCACAUGUCAAUCAGUACCACUGGUAAGACACAGUAACAGUCAGAUUCCUUACCCUAAACCAGGUAUUUUCCCUCAGCUGUCUCUGAGCAAAAACAUCUAUAAAUGUAUUGAAAUGCAGGGCUCUGCUUCCAGCUUCGGCAAGUUGCUGCAAUGACCCUAAAUCAUGGCAAAACAAGAAAAAGGCAAUCAAUUUUAAGAGAUGAACAUUGAAAUCUUGUGUAAUUGUACCAUAUGUGUGUGUGUUCCUUGGUCCACCAUGUUAUGUUUGGGACAAAAUAAAUAAUGAAGGAGAAAUUUGGUUAAAAUGGCGAUUGCAUUUACGUCAAGAUGCAUCUUGACCCAAAGUAUCCAGGGAAAAAAAAGAAAAAGAAUUUUGUUUCUAAUAUGUUAGACCAGAGACUUGACCAAAGAAUCAGUUGACUCUGAUUGUUGUGUGUCUAAGUAGCAGGAAAGCCCAUCUAUCUGCUAAAUUUGCUUACUCUGUGUAUUUGUAGAUUUGUAGGUUCUGAAAACCAGAUACACUGAGGGCAUAAUAAUAAUGCCAGGCCAGUUGUUUCCCUCUUUGGGGAUUUGUAGUCAAUAUUUCAAACAGCACUUGAAUGCAGCUGCUCUAAUCUGGUCUAAUCUCAGCAGGAACGUCACCAGAUGAGAGAUGACAUCUACGGAUACAAGCUUUACUCCAGUGAAAUAAACUCACGGCUGUCAUUUUUGGAGACAAAAUGACCAUAACAACUUGCCAGAAGGUUACUCUGAUAUCAUGCUCUGUUCUCUGUGUUUCUCUCUUCCUGCCCAGAAUGCUUUUACCCAGAGGGAAAAAGGAGAUGGGGCAGCCUGAGGUGGGACCUGGGUUCUACCCUCCUGUGAUGCACCAGCUGUCAUUACCAGAGGACCCAGAACAGUGGGGUGUGGACCCUUCCUACACCAUGACACACAGUGCUGAGGCCAUGGUCAAAGUAAAAGGCAUCGUACGAGGAAAAAAAUACAACCUGAUGGCUCAAGUGAUACCCAUAUAUGGCUUUGGGAUUUUUCUUUACAUCUUCUAUAUAAUCUAUAAGCUGACAUAUAAGGGAAAGACUACUAAAUCGAGAAAGUACCCUUCAGUGCCCAGGGCAAGCAUGGAAAGUAAUAUUACAAACCAUUGUGAGCUUGCCAGGCUUCAGCAGAGACUGCUGCACACAGAGAGCAUGAUGGAGAAGAUUGUCUCUAGAAAGAGUCGAAGUUCUGGGAAAAUCUUGAGUGGCAGAAGGAGGAAGAGUAAAACUGCAAGCAAGAAAGAGGAGAAAUUACUCAGGCAACUUAGACAGAUCACACAGCUGAUGCAAGAGGGUCGACUGGAGGAAGCCUCCCCAGAGAUGGAGGCUGAGGAGGUCCCCUACUGCGCAGACUGGGAUGGAUACCCAGAGGAGACCUACCCUGUGUACGAUGAUUCCUAUAAAAGCUGUACAACAUUUGAGCCCAUUAUACUGCAAGAGAUGCUGCACCAACCUACUGCCGAGGCCCUGGCAGAGAGGAUGGAGCAAGAAGAGGAAGAGGUUAUGACAAGGAAACUAUCCAUAGUGCGAGAGGAGGAUGAAGAAGAAGAGGAGGAGGACGGAGAGGAA